ACAGUCGCUCCCCCCACAGUCGUUACCCUCUCUCCCCUCAGUCCCUUCAGUCGCUCCCCUCACAGUCGCUCCCCCCACAGUCGCUCCCCCCACAGUCGCUCCCCCCACAGUCGCUCCCCUCUCAGUCGUUACCCUCCCAGUCUCUCCCCACAGUCGCUCCCCUCACAGUCGCUCUCCCCACAGUCGCUCUCCCCACAGUCGUUACCCUCUAAUCUCACAGUCGUUACCUUCUCAGUCGCUCCCCUCUACUCUCCUCACAGACGCCCAUUUGACGCCCCGUGUGCCCUCGUCGUCGUCGUCCUCGCUACUCUCACUGUCAGCCCACCGCCGGGCGAUGGGCCUCUGUCGAUAGGGGCAGCCGCGUUAGUCGUCUGGCCACGCUCCUCCGCCAGGCCGCCCGGCCCGAGCGCGCCGCUGACGUUUUGGUAGCCCUGGCCCGGGAAUUUGCAGGACUCUGGUUGUCGUGUGCCCCACAACCGGUGCCGCGCGUGCAUGCGCGCGCCACAACCGCAGCGCCACCGCUCCUCCCCCUCAUUCCUCUCCCAGCUCGCUGCUCAGCAGCUGACGCCGCGGGGUUUUCCGCCGCUGCGGUUUUUGAUGCUUGCCAGUGAGAAAGUUUCCCGUUCCAGCUGUCGUCUCUUUGUGCUCGGCCCUCGCAAACCGCAGCUGUUUGCUGCCGAUGCUGCUGAUGCUGCUUCUGCUGCCACUUCUGCAAAUGUUUUCCCGCCCACUGAAUUAUCGCUGAAGCCGCUUUCCGUUUAGCAACUUUGCCCGCUCGCUACUGCUGAGACGCAGUAAGGCGGCAGUGAGCGGUGUGGGGUAGCCGCUGCUUAGGAUCAAUCCCGUAGCCUGUUGAGGGUUGUUGGCUGUCAUUGCUGUGUGAGCGGCUCCUUACUGCUGCGGCUUGGACGCAGGCGUGAAAUUAACUCUUGUCGAGGGUUAGGAGCGUUCGUUAUCCACUCUGUGUUCCCGCUGCAACACUCGGCGGCUGUAAGGAGGAGGUGGUGGUGCGUGGUUAGGGAUGUUGGCGACUCUUGCCGCUAUAGCGCUCAUUUAUUGAACUCGUUUUCAUUUAGAACUGCUUUGUGUGUUUAGUGUGUUGUCCUUUCCCACCCCGCACCUCCGUUGUGCACGGUUGGCUACGUACGGUGCGAAAGAAGUUCAACAUGUGCCAUUGCGCAUAAUGCAAACACACUGCAGUAUAGCGUAUGUGUCGAUAGUGGCUGCUUUUGCUAGUGGGAUGCUAUAGCUCACAGAGGGUGGCUGCUCCUGACAGUAUUACUUGUAGAAUAUUAUAGACUGCAGAAAGUGGUAGCUGUUGCUAAGAGUUCCUCUGCUACUGUCAGAGCGUUAUCAUUUUGUGGAUGGUGGUGGCUGCUACGGUUAGUGGUUACCCCCUGCUCGUGCCAUUGCUGCUGUAGCAGCGCUCCUAAACAGUCCUGUGGAAGAUUAGCGGUGGCUGCUGCUGUUGUUGAAUCGCCACCAUGGUGGAGGGUCCUGGGUGCACGCUGAACGGAGAGAGGAUCAAGGUCAGGGUUCGAGUCUCCCAGACGGUGCUGAGCACGAGAACAGCGGCGUCUGGAGUUGCAGUCCACCAGCAGCAGCAGCGCCCGUGCAAGGCGGCCUCGCAGGGCGCAGCAGCAGGAAGAGGAUGGUGCCCAGCCGGGCAGCUCUCAAGCCUCACGGGGCAGCAGUACACGGGCGUGGAGACCCUGGGCAAGGAGCUGUUCCUCUACUUCCAAGAGAGCGCACUACGGGUGCACUUUGGCAUGAAUGGUUCCAUGAGAAUCAACUCUGGGGCCGAGGGCCGGGCUCAGCGUCCACCCGCCCUGGAAGUCGUCCUCAGCAGCGACCGCAUCUUCUUCUACGACUCCACCUUUGAUGUCAGGUCGGCUGAAGCGUGUCGCGAGCGCGUACGGGCGCAGGGGGACCUGGACGUCUGCUCGGCGCGGUUCGACGUGGAGAGGGCCUGCACGGAACUGGGAGCCCACUCGGGCCGCAUGCUGUGCGACGUGCUGCUCGAUCAGGCGCUGCUGCCCGGCGUCGGCAACAUCAUCAAGAACGAGGGGCUCCUGGACAGCGGUCUCCACCCAGCCAUUACGGUGAGCCAACUGAGCUUGGAGCAGAUCAAACACCUUGUUAAAAUGACCAGGGAUUUCUCUCUGCUUUUCUAUCAGUGCCGGAAGACGGGCUCGGCGCUGCAGAAGCACUGCAGGGUGUACAAACGCAGCGCGUGUGGGCAGUGCCGGACCCGCGUGGUCGUGUGCCGGCUCGGGGAGAAUGGGCGCAUGACGUACUUCUGCCCACACUGCCAGCACGAGGAUCCACGGCACGUCGACCCCAGCAAACUCCAGCACAGAAACAACAGCCUUCUGGCCUGGGUGCAAGGAGGCAGGCCGGACACCGCCGAGGUCGGCAGGCAGGACGUUGCGUCGCGAGCCGAGGAGGAGUGGGCCUGCGCCGUCUGCACGCUCGUCAACCGCGGCUCCGACGCGGCUUGCGACGCCUGUCUCACCCAGCGACCUCCCCCGGAGCCUCAGGCAGACUGCACGGAGCACUGCUCCACGCUGCAUGACGACCGUCUCAUGCUGUACCCGUGCAACGCCUUCCCAAGGCCGUGCGUGGUGACCAAAGUCAACCGACGCACGGCGUUUGGUACGGCCACGCUCAUCGUCACCUCUCCUGGGUCGCCCCCUGGCCCUCCCGCGCGGGACGCCCCGUUCGGAGCAGGGGGCUCGUCGGACUCGCGCCAGGCGGUGAGCUGGAAUGAACGUGCGAAUGCCAGAAGCCCUCUGAAAACAGCACCACGCACACCCAGACCGGCGGCUCCAUUCCAUGCCCCCCAAGCAUUUAAGAGAUUCAAGCCCAAUUUUGUGGACAGAACACCCAACAAUCGCGGCCAAAAUUCCGGUGAAAUCCCCGAUGCGAGCGGGGCAGCGGCGCGCGAUGGCACCGUGGCACGCUGCAGGGGCCACGACCGCCCAUGCGCGCUGCACGUUGUGCAGAAAGCCGGGCCCAACAGGGGCCGGCACUUCCACGCCUGCGCCCUCCCGCAGAAGCAGCAGUGCCAGCACUUCGAGUGGGCCGACCUGCACUUCCCAGAGUGCGAUCAUGGCCUGCGCUGCGUCAUGCGCACCGUCCUCAAGCUGGGCCCCAACAACGGACGCAACUUCUACGCCUGCGCGCAGGGGCGCGACCGCCAAUGCGCAUUCUUCCAGUGGGCGGACGGGGCAUCUGGCGUACACGCCUUGCCCGGCUGCUAAAAGGGGUUUGUCUCAGAGCAGUCCAGAAUUACCUGGCAUAGGGCACCACGGUGGCGAGAUGCUCACGACCUCGCCUGGCAAUACAGGAGGUCGUGGGUUCGAUCUCAACCCUGACGCCUGUAGAUUUGGAGUUUACAUGUUCUCGCCGUGGUCGCGUCGAUUUUUCUCCGGGGACGGUAACCCUCAGGAGCCGUGGGGCUCGUGAGGGUUACCGUGUUAUACGGAUUACAAUGCCUACUUUGUUUUUCAUCCUGUAUUUUACAUGUUUGGGUGUGUGCCUUUUAAUCCAGUGUGCUUGUCCAGAAUUGUCUAGACACCAGGCACACAUGUAGGAUGUGUCUUACUCUCCGAAGCGUAUUAUAAUCUUGAGUACAGUAUUUGACCACGCUUCACCACUCUGGUCAAUGCGGGUUUGCGACGGUGGAUAUAGUGUAGACGGUGCGUAGCACGGCAAGUCCUCGUUUAACGCGGUAGAUGCAUUCCCGAAAAGUGCCGCGUUAAGCGAAAAUAUCCCUUUAAAUAAUGUAACGAUAAAAGUUUUCCGAGAUACGCUGUACGCAGUCAGAUGCCGUUAUGACGGUGCGCGUUCAGAGUUGUGCGAAACGUGUUCGCGAAUUAAUGGCGUAAGAGCGAAAAUGCGUUGCGUUCACUCGUUUAGCGAGGACUUCUUACAUUAUAGUACAAUGGAUUUGACUGCACUGCCCCCUGCUGACAAUACAAAAAAUAAGGACUGAAAAAAACAGUUGGGAUGGUUACACGAGUGCAGCUCGGUUGCGAAUGGACUCCCAGUUUUUAUUAAAAUUCACCGCAUCUCGGGUAACACCACCACCACCCUCCUUCCCAACGAACAGAUCCCCUGAUGAAUGGUACAUUCCUAAAGACGCAGUCACCUUGAAGCCCUGGGGAGUGUCAAGCACCGCGAUGCAAGGCUAAUUUGAAGUGAGCAGUCUAAUCGGCCCAUUUGUUUUAUUUUGAGCAAAGUUGUGUUGUCUGGCAUUGCUCACUGUUGCCUGUGGCAGCACUAUAGAGCCGUGUUUUAUUCUUUCGAGUUGCUUUUUGUAAUACCCGCUUGACUCUACGCUGUUGCGGUUAGACGUGCUGUUUAUACGACCUGCCUCUUGGAGAAUGAGCUAUGAACUCGCUUUUGAUGCUCGAUCCUGCCGUAUUCCAUCCGAUGCUCACGGCAAACUAAAUUUUUACACCCAGCCACGGUGCGCACGCAUGCCUCUUGUUUUACAUUCCGUAAGGGAGGUUUUCUUGAACGUUUUUAAUCUGAGAAAAAUGUUCCAAUUACAAUUGGCUCCCAUUGAUAGAGCAUGCUGACGCAUCCUGUGCGCAGUUUCCCUUGGUCGGUGCAAAUUUGAAGCUCAUGCGACCGAUUAUUUUUCUCCCAGUUGGACGCACGGGGCAGCAUUAAACCACAGCAUCAUAAAUUACGGUAAAAGCGUAGCCCUGUAAUUAUUUGCUCAUGCCACUGUUGGUGGAAGCGCUUCCAAUAGAAAGCUCUGGAAAGCCCCCUUUGUGGAUACGUAGACCUAUUCUUCCAUGCAGGCAAGACUUCUUGGAAGAGGUGGGAAUAUCCACACUUUACACCACCACAUUGGCUGUGGUGUACCCAUUUAUAUUGCUGUGUGGACAAAGGUGGAGGGAUUUAAGAAAUAGGCUCAUUGUUUCAGCUGCCACGCCGGGAGAUCGAACCAAUGACCUCUUGUUGGUUGCGAGUCCAGUGUGCUGACCAUUACACCACAGCACCAUCCAGCGUAUAAAUCCAUUUAAAUGUGUGAUAGCUUACUUUGUGUGUGUGCGUGUGUGUAAAACCAAGACGUGCAUUAAAUAAAACCGUUUAUUUAAAGUCUCUU